CGCCUGCUGCCCCCGCUGCCCUCCCUCAGGACAUGGCGGCUGCAAAGCCCAGCCUGGGCCGGGUCCUCCCUGGGUCGUCCAUCCUCUUCCUGUGUGACAUGCAGGAGAAGUUCCGCCACGUCGCCUACUUCCCCCAGAUCGUCUCUGUGGCCGCCCGCAUGCUCAAGGUGGCCCGACUGCUGGAGGUGCCAACUGUGCUGACGGAGCAGUACCCGCAGGGCCUGGGCCCCACGGUGCCCGAGCUGGGGGCCGCGGGCCUGCAGCCCCUGCCCAAGACCUGCUUCAGCAUGGUGCCCGUGGCGCGGCAGGAGCUGGACGCGCGGCCGCAGCUGCGCUCUGUGCUGCUCUGCGGCGUCGAGACUCAGGCCUGGGGAGGCCCCGGGAGAAGUCCUGAGGAGAGGGAGCGGUUGGCGUGUCCAUUUGCUGCCAAGAGGGCAAAGGAGCAGAGGGAGCAGCGUCCCUCCGGUCUGCCCCGCAAACGGGGGCCCCGGGUGCUUCCUGACACCCUCCUCCCUCUGCAGAUCCAGAAGAUCAUCAAGGAGCCCGCCCCGGACAGCGGGCUGCUCGGCCUCUUCCAAGGCCAGAACCCCCUCCUCCGCUGAACCCCACUCGGCCCGAGGGGAGACCUCCCUCCUGCCUGUCACCCGGCCUCGGGGGAAGCGCUUUCCCCCGUCCUUGGGUCCCUAGAGUGGUGCAGUCCACCGGGAGCGCCGCCCCUCGGGAGGGGAGGCGGGUGCUGCCUUGCUAUUGGGCGGCAGCUCCCGGAAAUGCAAAUGAGCCCCUGGAAGCCGAUGGCCGUUGGCUGGGCUGAGCUGGGGGCGGGGCCCGGCCCCGGGCCCCUUCAAGGGCUGGGAAGGGGCGGGGGAAGGAGUGUCACGGACUGUGUGGGACCUGGGCUCGCGGAAUAAACACCGAUGUGGCUGUGGAC